AUGCCGGAGCAGCCCACUGAUUUGGAGCAAUUUCAUCGUUUAACGGAACUCAAUUUUGCGAUGAUUCGAGCUAAAACUGGUCGCGGCUACUACGUGAACCCUUAUUACAUUGCUGCCUGGUCGAAUGUCUUCUUGGUAAGUUAA